AAUGCCUACCGGGCCAUCAGACCCCUCAAGCUCCAAGCCGAUCCAAGGCACGAUGAACAGCGUCCUGUCGACGCUGCGCGAGGCUCUCCGCCCCGGUGACGCCCCUCGCCACCCGAAGCAGACCAAAGACACCACCACAACCAUCUCGUCCUCGUCCUCCUCCCCAUCCCCCUCCACUUCCUCGGCGCCCACAGCUCCGCGCAGGGCGAGCGCCUCUGCCGCCGCCGAUACCGAGCGGAAAGACGCCUUCAACUCAGCCGUGCAGCAGCCCCAUCAGAGACGGGAUUCCCGCCUGGCAGAGCAGGCCAUAGAGGACGACGAUGGCGACGACCACCACAACCACGACAGAGAAUCCCGGCCGCGGGCGUUUCCCGAGGCCUACCGCGACGCGACGGGCCACAAGUCGGUGAUGGAGAGCAUCAUGCCCGGGAACCAGGGGUUGUCGGGCAAGCCGGCCUGGGACCCGAGUGUCUCGAGCUCGCCGCCCAAGCAGGAGAGACGGGGAAGCGGGGUGAUUAGGGGGGCGCUGGAGGCGAUGACGAGGCGGCGGAGCAGCAGUGCGAGCGAGAGCUCACAGGGGAGAUCUAACGAAAAGCGAGAUGGAAGAGGAGGAGGUGGAGAAGGCGGAGCGAAUUAUACAUACGACCCGUUGACCGGGACGAGGACGAGGAGGGAGAGUACUGGAGGUGGUUUUGGGCGAGAGAGUGCCCGGCCCAGGACAGCAGUGACGGACAGCAACAGCAACAACAAUGAUUUAAAGUCUUCGUCGAAAGAGACGGCGCGAGGUUCGAUGGACAAGCUGCCUGCAUCGGUGGCGAGAGAAAGUCAGGUUAGUCGAUGAGUCGAGUGAGUUGCAUGGCAGAACAAAACGAAGCGAGUCGGGAUGCAGGAUGGGCUGAUCUGGGAGUCUUGAUAACAACAACACAACACAGACUGGUCAUGUCGAGCAAAAAGUCUUUACACAGAACGCAGUCAUGAAUCCAAG